AUGGCAAACUCUGUCUCUUCGGAGGUGGCGAACAGGAGACUCUUUGGAGUCAUCUCAGGACUGUUUAUGUUCUUGGGAUUCUUCUUGGCAAUUCUAGCUAUUACAGUGCCAGUGUACAGGAUUCAUUAUCACUAUCAUUCAGGACCAGAGGGUCAUAAACAGGUGGUGUCCGUUGUAAAGGACUUUUAUGCAUUCUCCUAUCAAGAGCAUCGUUCAAUUGGUGGCAAUGAAUCAGUUCAUUUGGAGCGCCACUCAACAUACACCAAGGUGGACAGCCUUCUGUCCACCAAUGGUAUCAUUGGAGCAAUAUUGGAAGGAGGCUUCAUUGUUCUGUUGUUCAACUUGGUCUGUGCCAACAUGACACAUGGUCGUACCCACAAGAUCAUCAACCUUGUCUUUUUGACAAUCCUAACUGCAUUGGCAUUCGUGGCCAUUGUUACCUUUGGAAGCCUGCCCUACAACUUUAGACACUAUGACUCUGGCAACGAGAACUACUGUGUAGAGAAUAACAGAUAUGUUCACCAAUGUUACUCACUCUCUGGAAAGACAAUUGGUGGAAAGUUCAUUCAUUAUAAGUGGGCUCCAUACGCCGGUUAUUGGUUCUUUAUUCUCGAUUUGUUCGUCCUCAUCGCUCUGUUCCCUUUAACACUGUCAUACUUUAGGAGACUGCAUUUGGAAGCUCAGGAUAUUAUCUCGGCAACACCGGCCACAGCUGAAGACAGUGUACCGUCUGGAAAGUCUGUGUCACCAAGCAUCACCUCCUCUAGUUCACAAGCAGCUGCUGACGACACCAAAGAGAUAAUUUACACCAUUGACUCCUAA